GCUUGCUUUGUCACGCACACGAAAAGCUCCUGCCUUUACCUUAUCUCCGCACCCGUAGUGGGAUUUGGUGGGAGCUGCGCUGCUCGCCCCUCGCGUUUCUUUGCUCAAUUGGGGGUCACGGUCACGGCCCGCGGGUGCUGCGCGUGCUCGUGGGCGGGCGGAAUUCGGGGUUCUUGCGCGGUCCCGGUCCCCUCGGCGAUUGCGGACGCUCUCUGCAGAUCUUCGCGUAACUCCGGGAGCGCGCCGGAGAUGAACUGCGGGCCGCCCGACCAGCUGCCGCCGGGGUCGGCGCCGUCGUGCUUCCUCAACCUGAACUGGGACCAGUCUAUGGCCGCCGACCAGCUCGACCCGGCGCUCAGCUCGAUGGUCUCCUCCCCGGCGUCCAACUCGACGGCCGCCGCCGCGGUUACUGACGGCCGCGCUCUCCACGGGAUCUCUCCGCAGCAGCAGUACGGAGGCACUCCGCUCAGCUCGCCCCCCAAGCUCAACCUGUUCCACCAAACUCGCCCCCAGUUCCACCACUUCCCGCCGCCGCAGGUCGGCGGCCUGCCAAUCCUGGAGAACCUGAUGCCGAUGGGCCAUCUAGACCAGUUCCUCGCCGACCCAGGCUUCGCCGAGCGCGCGGCGCGGCUGUCCGGCUUCGACGGCCGCCCCGGUGGAAGUGGCUAUGGAGGCGUCGGCGUCCCGGGACAGUUUGGCAUCCCGGACGCCGGCCCCAUCGGCGCAUUGAAGGAGCUGGAGCUCGGGAACGGCCGGGACGAGUCGUCGGUGUCCGAUCCGGCGUCCGGCAGCGCGGAGAUGGCGCUCAACAAGGGGCCUUCCGACGGCAAUGCGAAGAAACGGAAGGCUAGCGGGAAGGGCAAAGGCAAGGACGGCCCCGGGUCCGCCGCCGCCGGCGCCGCCAAGGAGGAGUCGAGUGGGAAGCGGUGCCGAUCGGCGGACGAGAGCAGUGGCGCGGAGGACAACAACCCCACCACCAAGGGCAAGGCCGCGCAGAGCAGUAGCGAGAAUGGUGGUGGCAGGAAGCAGCAGGGGAAGGAGAGCGCGACGAAGCCCCCCGCCGAGGCGCCCAAGGACUACAUCCAUGUCCGGGCGCGGCGCGGCGAGGCGACGGACAGCCACAGCCUCGCGGAGAGGGUGAGAAGGGAGAAGAUCAGCCAGCGGAUGAAGCUGCUGCAGGAUCUCGUGCCGGGUUGCAACAAGGUGGUGGGCAAGGCAGUGAUGCUGGACGAAAUCAUAAACUACGUGCAGUCCCUGCAACGGCAAGUCGAGUUCCUGUCCAUGAAACUGGCCACCGUGAACCCGCAGCUGGACUUCAACAGCCUGCCCAACCUCCUCCUCCCUAAAGACAUACACCAGCCCUGUGGGCCGCCGCAUUUCCCGCUGGAGACCUCAGGCGCUCCGCUGCCGUACCUGAGCCAGCCUCACCAUGGGAGCCCUCUAGGCUGCUGCAUGGACACCCAGGGGGGCUCUAUGCACCCGCUCGACGCGGCGUUCUGCCGGCCGAUGAACCCUCAGCAUCCUUUCCUCAACGGUGCUAGCGACGCGGCGUCUCAGGUCGGGACUUUCUGGCAAGACGACCUUCAAAGCGUGGUUCACAUGGACAUCGGCCAAAGCCAGGAGAUCGCUCCCACCUCUUCCAACAGCUACAACGGUUCAUUGCAGACAGUCCACAUGAAAAUGGAGCUUUGAGGCAUGGCCGGGGAAAAAGAAAGAAAGAAAACCCCAGUCCGAAGCUCGACGCCGUCGUCCCCCCUGUACAUACGGAGAAGAGAGGACACAGCUCGCACCGGAAGCAGCGGGCUCUUGGGGGGUCCAAUCCAACCUAACGACGUUGGCCCCUAGCAGUGUUUCAGCCUCUAAUUUUCCCCACCCCCGCCCAAUGGUGUGACGAUUCUUUCUU